UACAUCGUCGAUGUUUUCUCCAGCUCUAGUUGACACGUCUAGUUUAGUUUAUUUACAAUUUGACCAAAUAAUUGAGCUGCAAUUUAUGGCUGAUUUUCAAGAACAGUUGCGACAAUAUCGCCUUCAGAAGAGGAGAAAGGAAACAGUAGACAAUUUUAAGGACAAGUUGCGGAGGUUCUGGAUGUUGGGCACAGGGGCUAACAAAGAUACAACAAUCCAGGUACAACAGGAACCAACCAAAGCGGAAGUUAUCUCGGAAAACUCUCAGGAUGAAGCUGCGACGUCCAGUGAAAAUGAGUUGUUACCAGAGGAGAGCCCCUCCAGAUCCACAGAUCAUCACCAUAGGGAAAACAACGUUCUGAAAUACACCUUGUGGUUUGUCUACCUUAUGUUCUGGAUAACUCUCUAUGUGAUAGCCAUUAAACUGGGUUUCGGAUUGGUGUUCCUCAUGUUUUCCGCACUUUUCGGCAUCUAUUUCAAUACCAGAACCGAUCCCAAAAAGCGGAACGAGAUGAGCGCCUACAGUGUUUUCAACAAAAACUGUGAAAGCAUCGAUGGAACUUUGAAGGCCGAGCAAUUCGAAAGAGAAAUUCGAUAUGGAUCGGGAAGUGUACGAUAGAAAUAUUUUAAAAGAUCUAUCAGUACCUGUAAUAUAGACAAUAUAGCAGAUGUAAUGACUGUCUUAGACACUAAUCUAUAAACUAUAAAUGGAUCUGAAUUUGUUGUAGAAAGCAUUUUAAAUUAUUUAGAUUCUGUCAAUAAAAUCGCUCUUAUAAAUAUAA